AUGCUUAUCGGCUUAUGUGGAGGAAUAUGUGCGGGCAAGCAUGCAAUUGCCGAGUACUUGAUCCAAAAACAAGGGUUUCAGCUCUUGGAGCUAGCUAAUCAACCUCGUCACCGCUUCACCGACGAGCCGGAUGAUGAUUUGCGGCUCCAGGCGUCGGAAAUCAAGAAGAAUGGAGAACACCGAGCAGAAUUUGUGUUUGACAGCGUCGAUUCUCUCGUGGAAUUCGUAACCAAAAGGUGGCAGGAGCGCUGGGUGACUACAGACAUCACAGACGGCCUAACACUGGACCGCUUUCUCCUGCGGCCCUUUUUCCUCCUCGUGAGUGUGGAUGCUCCGGUUAGUCUUCGCUGGAAACGAUUCUCCGACAGAUGCUGGCGAAGACAACUGGACCCGCCUGAUCUCGAGAAAUUUGUCCUGUGGAACGAUCGUCACCUUUACCAAAAGGACAUUGGGCGUGUCUACCUCACAGAUCGGGCCCAGUUGCGCCUAUUCAACUCAUCUUCGUCUCUGGAUGAGCUUCACCAAUCACUCCAAACGCUGAAUUUGGCAGAUGAGCAACGACUGCGACCAAACUGGGACCAAUAUUUCAUGCAAUUAGCAUCUCUUGCGGCACAGAGAAGCAAUUGUAUGAAACGACGAGUAGGUUGCGUUGUUGUUCGAGAGCGACGGGUCAUUAGCACGGGCUAUAACGGGACUCCUCGGCAUCUCCCUAAUUGCAAUGAAGGUGGAUGCCCCCGGUGCAAUCGCGGUGAUGGCGGUGGAGUUGGGCUAUCUGCCUGUCUAUGCCUUCAUGCCGAAGAAAAUGCGCUGCUAGAAGCUGGCCGAGAGCGUAUUCGAGAGGGGGCAAUUCUCUACUGUGACACCUGCCCGUGCUUGACUUGUACCGUCAAAAUUACCCAGGUCGGUAUUUCAGAAGUUGUCUACUCACAGAGUUACAAUAUGGACAGAGACAGUGCUGCCAUUCUUAAGGCUGCAGGUGUACGCCUAAGACAGUUUAGCCCGCCGUCUAAUGGGCUUAUAUAUUUGCAAGGAUCGAGCGAGCCAGUGACCUCUUCAUGA